UGAUAAGACUUCCGGCCACGUUAUAGGUUAUACAAUAAGCUGUCAGGGAUUGUCAUAAAUCCGGAGAUUCGGAAUAUGAAAAUGUAAUAACAUUUAAUGGAUAUACGUAGAAAUGUGGCAUAUAUGAAGGUGAAACUGUUCCGGCGUUAAUUGGACUGAAAAUUUUAUUUGAGCCCUCAAAAUGUUUAUCAAUUAUAUUUCAGUGUUCAUAUUGUUAAUGUGUAUUUUUCGAGUAUUUUCAACCGAAUUGACGUUUGAAUUAGCCGAUAAUGCUAAAGAAUGUUUUCACGAAGAAAUACACAAAAAUACAACAGCUACAUUAGAGUAUCAGGUGGUAACAGGAGGCCAGUACGAUGUAGAUGUUACCUUAGAAGAUCCUAGAAAGAAAAUUAUUUAUAACCAAGUCAAAUCACAAUUUGAUUCUCAUACCUUUACCGCUCAGGUGACAGGGGUAUACGUUGUUUGCUUCAGCAACGAAUUUUCUACUAUUUCGCACAAAAUAGUUUAUAUGGACUUCCAAAUCGGAGAAGAAGAACCAUUACCUGGUCUUGGGGAACAUAUUACAGCCUUAACUAAGAUGGAAUCCUCAGCAGCAGACACACAUAAAGCUCUUUCAACAAUUAUCGAUUUCCAAACUCAUCACCGACUGAGAGAGGCUCAAGGAAAGAAACGAGCAGAUGAAAUGAAUGAAAGGGUGUUGUGGUGGUCCAUAAUACAAACAUUUGUUAUUAUUAUGAUUUCAGUUGGCCAAGUAAUCAUUCUGAAAAAUUUCUUUACAGAACGAAAACCCUUAAAUGUUAUUAAGAGGUAAUUGUAGUAAUCUUAUUAGGCAAAUAAUUUUUACUGUUGUUCAUUUGAGGACAAUUAUAUUUUUGUUUGAUAUAAUGUUUCAUUAUUUUUGA